GCGAUCUCGAUGGAUCUGGUGUCGGCGUGUGCCGAGAGAGCGAGAGGAGAUCAGUCGGGCUGUCCUCGCAGACCGCAUCGAGCACUCUGUCCGUUCCACAUCUUUCGAGCGUGUCGAAACCUGUGGAUGUCUCAGCAAGCAGCCGUACCUAAGCCUACGCUCCAGGGGGUCCGUAUCAGAGCGCGGAAAGGUGCUGUCAAAGCCCACGCCAAACACGAACCUACGACCUUCAGAGACCAACUGUACAAACACCUCGAGACCGUCCCGGCGACCGAUUUUGAGGGAAUCACCAACAAGCUUGUUCAGGCCGGAUCCACGCUCGAGUAUCUCAAGUAUGCAGAAGCCCUCUUCGAGAUCCUGCUCAUUGGCGGGCUGUUGCAACCCGGCGGCAACUACCUCGACGACGGCGCACCACCUUCCCCAUUCUCCGUUCUCAAAGCGAAGGAGCCGGUGGAGGUGGCUGACAUAAAGCAGUAUGUCGACGUCCUGAACAAGUUGAUUAGGAGGUACAAAUAUCUGCAGAAACCUCUGGAAGAGACAUCUCUCCCUACUUUGCUCCAGUACAUCAACAGAUGGACCGAUGUCCAGCGGGAUAAACUCGCUCUCGCGAUCGCCCUUAUAAUGGCCAGGCUUGGCCAGUGCGAGCUGCCUGCAAAGUUUGGCCAAGGACCACCUCGUGAAGAAUGGUGCGUACGUUGCUAUCAACGUCGUCACACCGUCUUCCGUGGCUACCUCUCGGAACAAUCCAUGGAUCACCUCGCGGCCUCGUUGAAGCGCGGCGGAAUCAAGGAUUUGCUGGCGUUUUUCCCUGAUAACAAGCGCCAGGACAAGGUACUCGACGACCAUUUCCGCAAGGCUGGCCUGGCGCAAGUCGCGGACUGGUGGACCAAGCGUCAGUAUGCUUCUAUGAAGGAGGACAUCAUCAAGACAUUGCAUGAGAUGCUGGAGCACGAGACUCCCUACGAUGAGAUCGUGGCUGCUAUCAGGAGCCGCCAGGAGGAACGGCCUCUCCCCGAGACUGAGUUGAUUCAGUGCAUUUGGCAAGCACUCGUCAAGUCUAUCGAGUGGUCGGCGCGCCAGGACCAGAACGAGGCGCUCGCCAUUCGCGAGAUUACCAAUUUCACCGCUAUCCUCGAGCCUUUUUGUAACGGUCCCAAGACGGAGGUUGCUCUCAUCAACACCGUGCAAGUGUAUUGUUAUGAGGAUACGCGAAUCAUAAAGGCAUUCCCGCAAAUUUUGAAGGUGUUGUACAACAAGGACUGUAUCUCUGAUCAAGCUAUUAUCUAUUGGCACCAGAAGGGCGCGAAGCCUCAAGGCAAGCAGCACUUCCUUCAGGCGACGCAGGCGCUCGUGAAGUUCUUGCAGCAACAAGAGGAGAGCGAGGAAGAGGAGUGAACGUUCGGCAAUCGGUCUGUGGUAUCGCCACUAUUACUGGUAAUAUAGACGGUGUCGGAAUCAUUGCAGUGUAUCCAACUGGUAUUAACAAUUUCUAUGAGUACAUACAUCACGUACAUGCACACAUGUACAACGACAGUUCGGCGGCGCAACGCUCCACCACAAAAGUACAACGACAGAGGCGGAUGAACAUACGAGAAACCGUUACUUUAAUGAUAUGGGCUACCUGAGUGAAGAAAACCAUCUGAAGGCGUAUUCAACACCGUUACCACGCUUCUGGCAUCGGAGGAAAAUCGCCCAUCCAACCGCUCGAAUGGCCCACUUGCAAGAACAUGCCAUCAGACCCAUUCGAUGGCAGCCCAAGGUCCGUCAAGCUCUGUAGAGCAACACACAGGUUACACCAGGGACGACGCACGAGCGACUUCAAUGCACACCUGUUCUUGCAACCAGACUGGUA